GGGGGCUCCGCGUGGUGUGCCCUGCCCCAGUCCUGCCCACAUUCAUCCACGCGUGUCCUGUCCCCGCUCACCCACUCCAGGCCUCUCCAUCUGAAGCUGCCCCCCCCCAAUGGGUGCUGCGGGUGGCUGCAGCAAUGCAGACUGGAUGGCGCUUCUGUGCCCGCGGCUGUGGGAUGUCCCCCUGCACCACCUAUCCAUCCCGGGGAGCCACGACACCAUGACAUACUGCCUGAGCAGGAAGUCCCCCAUCUCCCAGGCACAGUCCAGGCUGCUUCAUCUGCUGGGUCGGGUCGCGCCUUGUAUUACGCGCCCCAUGGUGCUGAAGUGGUCGGUCACGCAGGCACUGGAUGUAACACAACAGCUGGAUGAGGGGGUGCGGUACCUGGACCUGCGGAUUGCACACAUGAUGGGAGGUUCCGAGAGGAACCUGCAUUUCGUCCACAUGAUCUACACGACAGCACUGGUGGAGGACACCCUCACAGAGAUCUCCGAGUGGCUGGAGUCCCACCCCCGUGAGGUCAUCAUCCUGGCCUGCAGGAAUUUCGAAGGAAUGACUGAUGAGCUGCACGAAUACCUUGUGGGCUGCAUCAAGAACAUCUUUGGGGAUAUGCUUUGUCCUCGUGGGGACAUUCCCACGCUGCGGCAGCUGUGGGCGCGGGGCCAGCAGGUGAUUGUGUCCUAUGAGGACGAGGCCUCCGUGGGUCGCCACAGGGAGCUGUGGCCAGGAAUCCCCUACUGGUGGGGGAACAAGGUGAAGUCACAGGCGCUGCUACAUUACCUGGAGACCAUGAAGAGCUGCGGACGUCCAGGUGGCCUGUUUGUGGCGGGCAUCAACCUCACAGAGAACGUGGAGUAUGUGCUCGCGCACCCAUCCGGGUCCCUGGAGAAGAUGACAUUGCCCAACCUCCCGUCCCUGAGGGCGUGGGUGCGCGAGCAGCGGCCUGGGCCUGGUUCCCACUGCACCAACAUUAUCGCCGGGGACUUCGUGGGCACCGACACGUUUGUGAAUGAUGUCAUCGGACUAAACUCUAAGCUGCUGUGGUCCUGACCACCCUGCCCCGUAGGCAACUCAAGGUGUGGGGCUCAGGACAGGGUCAGAGUCACGGAUGUCAGGGUCAGGGAGGUCAGGGAUCUGUCCUGAAACAAGAAGAACACUGUGUCCCAUCCUCCUCCCCUGUGAAGGGCUGAGGCCCUGCUGAGCAAGCCUACACCACACGGAGUGCAGAUUUCAAACUCUGCCUCAUGGUCAUUUCCGGUCAUUAGGACACAUGCAGAUUUAAGUUCAAGAGUGACACAUGUCAGGCCCCAGAGUCCAUGGAGGACACGUGACCAAUCAUUCUGGGCCUGUAUCAACCUUUGCUCAGCACCAUUAAUUAAAAUCUUAUGAAGCCAA